AUGUUAUUUUUUAAACGUACACAAAAAUUAGGUGCUUGGCUAACUAUUGCAUUAUUUAUUGCUGUUUAUCCAGCUAAUAUUGAAAUGGCACAAGAUUUUUGGUCAAAUAAUCAUCCACAAAAAUAUUUAACAUUAGUUCGUCUCAGAUUUCAAUUCUUUUUCAUUUGGUGGGCAUAUCAAUAUACAAAAUCAAUUCAACAUUCUAAAGUACAUUAG